UGUCCCCCGGCCGGUCCAUCGCCACGUCCAUCCAUCCCGUGUCCCUCCUCGGGCGGGGCCGGUCCCGAUCCCCCCCCCCCCGUCCCGUCCCCUCCCCCGGCCGGCGGGGUCCCGGCGGGAUGCGGGUGUGGGGCGGUGGGCGGCAGGUGGCUUCCCGCGCGGCCCCCCGCUGAGCCGGGCCCGGGGCUUCCCCCCCCGCCACCCCCAUUUCCCCGGACCAUGGGGGCCUCCGGGGCUCUGUGGGGCCUCGUGCUCUGCGCCGUGGCGGCCGCCCAGCACCGACUCUCCUCGCCAGAAAAAUUCACUGAGUUUCCCCGGAAUGUUACUGCAAAUGAGGGCCAGAAUGUGGAGAUGUCAUGCGCCUUCCAGAGUGGCUCCACCUCCGUCUACUUGGAGAUCCAGUGGUGGUUCUUGAGGGCAGCUGAGAGCCAGGAGCCUGGACCAGAGGUGGAACUGUUGCCAGAAAGAGACCUGGACAGUGAUGGGACAAAGAUAAGUACAGUGAAAGUGCAGGGAAAUGACAUCUCCCACAAGCUUCAGAUUUCCAAGGUGAGGAAAAAGGAUGAAGGCUUAUACGAGUGCAGGGUGACAGACGCCAACUAUGGAGACCUUCAGGAAUAUAAAGCCCAGGCAUAUCUGAAAGUGAACGCCCACAGCCACUCUCGGAGAAUGCAAGCCUUUGAAGCAUCCCCAAUGUGGUUGCAAGAUCCCAAGCCACGCAAGAACGUCUCGGCUGCUGCGCCCAGUGGCAUCCAUAACUCUGCCCUUCAGCAAAUGCGCUCCACCUCCAGCCCGCAAGCCACAGCCCAAAUCCCUAAACAAGGCCCACAAUCAGCAAAGAGCAAAUCGCCUGUAAAAUCUACGGAGCGGACAGCAAAAUUGGCCCUAAACUCCAACCGCCACUCUGCACCCAAUGUACUCUAACACUUCACGCAGGAGUACCUUCUUCAGGAAGAACACAAGGACAGGAAAACCCAUUUUAUUGAUAAUGUUUUCAUUGAUGAAUCACUGAUCUUUUAUUUCAAAGAGCUGCAGUCUGCAGUGAUGCCUCCACACACGCAGGAUCAGUUUCUGUUUUUUUGUUUUGGUUUUCGCUUUUGUUUUUUUGUUUUUGUUUUUUGGGGCACAAUGAAAACUCAUUUGUCGGCGUCUUGGGGAUCGAUCUGCAAAGCAUCAGGAUAAUCAAUAUUCACUGUGGAUAAUGUUGGUUCCCUUCCUGGAGAGACCAUUCACAACUGGAGGUAAAUAGAGGCUAAAAGAAACAAGCCACAAACUUCAAGCAAAAAUCCACUUUGGGAACACAAAUAUUGGCUCUGCAGGAAGCCCGUGACACACUGUUUCAAGGAGAGACAACGAGAACGGAGCACUUAGGGUUUAUUUUUCCUCUUGGGAUUUUCUUCCUAUCUGGUUUCAUUUCUUGUUCAAUCAUGGCAAGUGCUGGCACAGGCUGGUCUCUGUUAGUUACCUGGACAUUUAUAGAGAUAAAUUUUGUCAUGUGUUCUAUACUUCAAUGUGUUUGAUCUAUUUUUGCAACUCCUGCAUAUGCAAACUGACAUAAAUUCUGUAAAUUGCUUCCAGUCCAUGUGAUAUUACUUCCUAAUAGGCCCUUACGCAAGUCAGUUUUUAAUAUUAUCUCUAGCUGGAUGUAUAUGUCGUGUUACCCACAGAGGUCUUUUGUUUCCUUUUGGAUGUGAUAAUCCUGAUUAAUUUGUAAUACUUUAUUGUAUAGUUUAGUAAAUCAUACCUUUGCUUCACCUGGUUGAUCAGACAGAUAGUGUUCAUCACUCUCUGCUUCUUUGCGUAAAAUGCACACUAAAGUUUGCAAUGAUCUUUGAUGAAUGAUUUUAGUUUCGCGUAUGCUGUAUUGGGGAUUGUUUGCUCUGUGCCCUCCUCUUUAUGGUGUUUAUCAAUGAGAUUUUUAUUCUGAAAAAAUGUAAUCUGUUGCUCUGUGCUUCUGCAGGGCAAAAAUAAGUAUUUGCUGCUAGAAGAGUUUGCUUUAAAUUCCCAGUUUGGGGAAGGUAUUUUAUCGUAUUUACUCCCUGAAAUCAUUCAAGAACCCUUCCUGCUGUGGCUGAAAAUGUUGCUUUAUUUGCCCUUUCUGUAGGUGGUUUUCCAUAAUGCAUUGUUCUGUCAUGUUGUUAAUUAAUUUUCUUUAUGUCUCUGAAGUGACAAUUAAAGUUUUGUUGUUGGCUGGAAGUGAUCCCUA